AGAGCACGGUGAAAAGUUGGCCGAGAGAGUAAAGUUCGCGAGGGGAAGGAAGGAAGGAAGGAGAGUACGGGCGCGAGAAGCCGUGUCAACGAACGCACCGCAUCAUCCUCUCUAACCCUCCGGCAGCGCGAGCCUCUAUUGUGGCUAGUUUUUUCUCUGACCUUGUCACCUUGCAGGUUUUUUGCCGCGGCCAAGUCGAUUACAUUUCGGAUCGGUAUCCCCCGUCCACGUCUCGCGCUGUCCCGCUCUCCCGUCCCGCGCCCGUCCCUUCGUGGGCUCUCUUCUCCGCUCGUCCUGCUCUAGGUUAGUCAGUGAAUCAUCUUCAACGACCCCCUCCUCUGGGAUCCGGGCAGAAGACUCUUAAGGGGGCCCACAGCGCAGCGCGAGGCCAGUCCGAGAACGCGACCCUAACACUAACAUCCGGUGUAUUCCGAGAGUCGGAAACGGAAACGGCUGCUUGAUCGAUUAAUCGACACACGCCACCAUGAAGAUCGCUCUACUGCUGCUGCUGCUCGUCGCGGCCUUCGCCUCAGGCCAAAGGAUCACGACGAUUCAGUUGGAUGGGGUGCAAUACUUCGUUUCAAGGAUGAAUCCCUACAGUCCCGAAUUGAACUAUUUCCUGGCAUACCAAUAUUGUCGUUCAUUGGGUCUUCAGUUGGCCUCUUUCGAGACAAAGGAAAAAGCCGACACGAUGACGCAGUACUUGAAAAACGCCGGCUACGUUAAAUACGACUUCUGGACAUCCGGCAACAAGUUGGGCACGGACAUGUUCCUGUGGAUGAGCACAGGUCUUCCCUUCAAUGCCACCUUCGACUACAUGUUGAGGCGACCUGGCAACAGACCUGCUGACGUCCCACCCGGCACUGAGCCUCAACGAGUGGCACGCGAAAGCGGUGACAGCGGCAGCGCGGACGGAUGCGUGGCCAUGGUGGCGCCCACGUUGGCCUGGGAGGCGCAAGAUUGUACCCUGGUUAAGGACUUCAUCUGCGAGCAAACAAGAUGCUACUACUACAACUACGGAAGCAUUCCAGUCUCUGCGACUCAGGGAAAUCGCAGACCCUAUAUAACAACGACCUCGGCGCCAGCCAGCGACGACCAGGUCGACGAGCACGAGGAAGGCAAGAACGACGAGCAAAAUCCGAGUAGCCAGGUCGACGAGAAAUCAACAGCGGAAGAGGAGGAGGAGGAGGAGGAGGAGAGCUCCGUCGAAGAGAAAUCACGCGAAGAUCCGGUCGUCAGCAGGCUGAUUACCACGGCCGUUCCCGCGUCUGACAAGCAGCAAUCCGCGUUAACACCGUCCACGUCCCCGCCGGUCGUCACCGAGGAGCAGCAACCGACCGACGCCGAUCUGCCGGCGGACAACGCGAGGCCCGAGCAUCUUCUCGACAUCACGAGCCUGUUCACCGACUCGCCGGGCCCCCAGGCAAGAAAGGACAACGUGUUCGAGGGGCUGCAAACCCGCGAGGUUCAUCGCUCCUCUCUGCGCUCGGCCUCGAACAUGAAGGCCGAGCACCGAGAGUCGCCGGACUACUUCGAGGUGCGCGGCGAGACCGAGGCGCCCAACAACGGUUUGGAAGACGCUCACACGGUCGGCCCAUACGACAGCGUCCAAGAUUACUACGUGAACGACCAGCCGGAGGCGGGCGAGUCGUCGAUGAUGAAAGAUCAGGACGACGACAGCAGCACGAUCCUGCCAGAAGCGGAACCGGCCUACAGGUACAACAUCAAAGUGCGCACCAACGGCAAAGUAUUAGACCCUCCGUCCAAGUAACGCUUUACUUUAAUUUAGGCAAUCGUCACGAUGAUUCUAUUCGUUGAUAAGUGAAGAAUAAGGGAGAUCAUUGAGGAACUAGAUGUAUUAAUGUACGUUAUUUUAUGUGUAUAUCGCGG